GCUUAAACCCUUCUUUUCUCACUUUCUUUCCUUUGUAACCUAAAACCCUUUCUCUUUCUCCUCCUCCUCCUCCAAUGACGAAAGAAAAGAGCAACGCAGGUUUUCUAGUAAGUUCUCAAGCAGAGCUGAAACGCAAGGAAUUACAGAAAAAGAAAUCAAAAUCAGGAGGAUUUGAAUCCCUAAAUCUAAGCUACAAUGUCUUCAGAGCAAUUAAAAGAAAAGGGUACAAAGUUCCCACUCCUAUUCAACGCAAAACUAUGCCGCUCAUUCUUUCUGGUGCCGAUGUAGUUGCCAUGGCACGUACUGGCUCGGGUAAAACGGCGGCGUUUCUUAUCCCUAUGCUCGAGAAAUUGCAGCAGCAUGUUCCUCAGGGUGGUAUUAGGGCUUUAAUUUUGUCUCCUACUAGGGAUUUGGCGCUUCAAACUUUGAAAUUUACUAAGGAAUUGGGCCGUUAUACAGAUCUCCGUACGAGUCUCCUAGUUGGUGGGGAUUCAAUGGAAAGACAAUUUGAAGAAUUGGCUCAAAAUCCUGACAUCAUCAUUGCCACACCGGGUAGGCUGAUGCACCAUUUGUCUGAGGUGGAUGACUUGACUCUUCGAACAGUGGAAUAUGUGGUCUUUGAUGAAGCUGAUUCUUUGUUCGGCAUGGGUUUUGCUGAGCAAUUGCACAGUAUCCUGACUCAGUUGAGUGAGAACAGGCAGACUUUGCUUUUGAGUGCAACUAUGCCAAGUGCUUUGGCAGAGUUUGCUAAGGCUGGUCUGAGAGAUCCUCAGACUGUGCGCUUGGAUGUAGAGAAAAAAAUUAGUCCAGACUGUAAGCUCGUCUUCUUUACCUUGAGACCGGAAGAGAAACAUGCAGCCCUUGUGUAUUUGAUACGGGAAGUGAUCACUUCUGGGGAGCAAAUGUUGAUCUUUGUUUCCACCAGACACCACACAGAAUUCCUGAAAUCAUUGCUUGAAUUAGAGGGUAUUGAGUCGGGAACAUGCUAUGGUGACAUGGAUCAGGAAGCUCGCAAAAUCAACAUAUCAAAGUUUAGAGCAAUGAAAACUAAGCUGCUAAUUGUUACAGAUGUUGCUUCUAGAGGCAUGGACAUCCCUUUGCUUGAUAAUGUAAUUAAUUGGGACUUCCCUUCAAAUCCGAAAAUGUUUGUGCACCGUGUUGGAAGAGUUGCUAGGAAUGGUAGGACUGGUACUGCGUUCUCUUUGGUGACGCCUGAAGAUAUGCCUUACGUCUUGGAUCUUCAUCUCUUUCUGUCAAAACCCAUCAGGCCUGCACCAACAGAGGAGGAGGUUCUGAAGGAUAUGAAUGGUGUUAUGGAAAAAAUUGAUCAAGCUAUGGCUAAUGGUGAGACUAUUUAUGGGCGAUUUCCUCAAACUGCCUUAGAUCUUGUUCAAGAUAAAGUUCGGGAAAUCAUUGACUCGUCUGCCGAUUUAACUGCUUUACUGAGAACUUGUAUAAAUGGAUUCCGUGAGUAUAUAAGGUCAAAACCCUCGCCGUCAAAGGAAUCAAUCCGGAGAGUAAAAGAUUUACCUCGUGAAGGUUUGCAUCCAAUGUUCAAAGGUGUUUUACAAGGAAAUGAGCUGAGUGCAUUAGCAUUCACUGAACGCUUGAAAUCUUUUAGACCCAAGCAGACGAUUUUGGAAGCUGAAGGUCAUGCUGCAAUGUCAAAACGACGACAAGGUUCUUCUAGUCAAUGGGUUCACGUGAUGAAGAAGAAGAGGGCUAUCCAUGAACAGAUUAUUAACCAGGUGCAUCAGCAAUGCUCUAGUGAUAAGGCAGCCAAGGAAGUCGAACCUGAGUUCAUUACACUGAAGACAAAGGAGGGAAAAGAAACUGUUGGCUCUAAAAGGAAAGCAACGAGCUUCAAGAAUGAGGAGUUUUUCAUCAAUCCAGUGCCUACAAACCAGCAUUCGGAGGCUGGACUUUCAGUGCGAGCUGACCAAGGCUUUGGAUCAGACAGGUUGGAUUCAGCUGUCAUGGAUCUAGUUGCAGACGAUAAAGCGGGCAUGCAGAAACAAAGAAGUGUCUAUCACUGGGAUAAGAAAAGUAAGAAGUAUAUCAAGCUUAACAAUGGUGAUCGUGUGACUGCCACUGGAAAGGUUAAGACUGAAGGAGGGCAUAAAGUGAAGGCUCAGAAAACUGGGAUUUACAAAAAGUGGAAAGCAAGUACACAUAAUAAAAUUGCUUCUAAAGGAUCUCAUAAUGAAGGCAAUGUUGGAGCAACAGUUGGCUUUGCAGGUGGUCGAUUUAAUAGGAGGUUCAACGGACAAAACCAACAGCGAUCGAUACCAAAUGCCCACGUGCCUUCAGAAAUUAAAGAUCUUGAACAAGUUCGUAAACAAAGACAAAAGAAGGCGAGUCAGCAAUCUGCUAUGAAGAAAAAUUCAAAGGGAAAUAAAUUUGGUAAAAAUAGCAAGAAAAGAAAGAGGUAGAAGAUAGUGAAGUCAGUGUCAGGUCUCCUGUCAAAGGGUACUAGCUGAUAUUUUGACUAUGCACCAACAAUUUUGCCAAUUGCUAUAAAAUUUUAUUAUUCAUUGUCA